AUGAAAUUCUUCUUCGCCAUCUCGCUGCUACUCGCUAUUAUCUACUGCAUAAGCGCCCAAAUAAGCGCGGAACAUAGUAAAGGCGCUCAGAUGGGUCUAGAACACGCUGAAUCCGGCGAUUCCAGCCAAGGAUCGCGUAGAGAAGACCGCGGCGUUCUCUCAGGAGCUGCAAAAGGAGCAACUGCUGGAGCUCUGAUUGGUGCAAUCAGUAAAGGCAAAUAA